GAGUGUGGGUAGGUGGGACUAGGUGAGAUUAGGAGUUCGGCACGGACUAGGAGGGCCGAGAUGGCCUGUUUCCGCGCUGCGAUUGUUAUAUGUUAUAUGGUUAUAUGAUUCUUCAUUGCUGUUUCUGUAACAAUUUUGUUUUGUCAGUCAGGGUUGUUAGCCCUGAGCUGAAUCCCCAACUGGAGGACCAAUAGAUCAUUCAAGACUGCCCUCUACCCUUUGACCUGUUUGGCAUGGGUGAUACUACCAAGAACAAAGAAUAAAGCCCUAACUCCAGUCAACAUAAGUCUCCGGGUCAUUGAGGCACGCAAGCCUCCAAACUACGACAAGGUUGUAGUGCUCUUGGAGCAGAGAGAAAGGGGCAGGUCGAAAUUGGACCGGAGGAGGGAUUCUGGACCAUCGUGCGGGGUAACCUUGAGCUCAGUGUUCUCUCUUACUCAAAUUCCUAUUUCGAGCCAGUCCCGGGAGGGUGGGAUUGUUUAUCUCAUUUACGAGGCAGGGACAGUUUCAUUUCACUGCAUGGACACCAAAUCUCUUCUCCACACUGAGAAACUUUAUCCUUCUUGUAGACUUGGAACUGAUUGAGAAUCAGCUUCUCUCCAUGUCUGCUGAAGGAGGGUGUCCUGGGACCAGUGUAAGGAGUGGGAGUCUGAGACCGGGAUCGGCGUCAGGAACUGCGCGGAAACCCUGUUAAGAGCAGAUUGGCGCUGAACUCCCGAAUUACAUCGAAUGUGGAAAGUGGAAAUAAAGCUGGUGUUACACAGGCAUACCUCAUGAUGGCGUACUUAGCCUUCUGUGUGACUCCCUCCAUUCAUCACUACGCACGGUUCAAAGGCCAUCUAUAAAUUUAUUGUUGGUAGAAUCUUAUAUAGAGACCAAGAGGGAGAUUCAUCGGCUGGCUGAGUGGAGUCACUUCAACAACCACCACUCGACGUCAGAAUGACCAAAGAACUGACUGCGAACUUCAUGAAGGGAAGUCAGGAGAUCUGGAGUGGAGAGCAGAAGAGCCUGUUUCUGUGUUUAGCUACUCUAGUCCCCACCGCGCUCUAUUGCAGCGAACGGACCGUGGCCCUGGGAACUCCAGCGCGUCUGUGGCCAAUGGCGGUACUACGAGGGGUUCAGUUGCUCACCGAAAGUGAAAGGAAUUUGGACCAGGAAGUGUCCGGGAACAACAUGGCUUCAAAACAACAAAUUGAGAAUUUCACCGAGGAGGUAAUUUGUCCCAUCUGCCUGGAUUUCUUCACUGACCCGGUGUCACUGGACUGCGGACACAACUUCUGCCGUCCCUGUAUCACAGAGUAUUGGAAAAAGGGGACGAGAAACAUCUGUCCGGAAUGCAGAGAGGAGUUUCAGGAAAUAACCCUCAGAGGGAAUCGGGCCUUAGUGAGACUAGCUGAUAAAGCUCGAAAACUGAAACUGAGUCCAAUAGAGACAGAAAGUGAUCUUCACUGCGAGGAACAUGAGGAAGAACUGAAACUGUUUUGUGAAACUGACAAGACGCUGAUCUGCCUGAUCUGUAGGGAUGCGCGGGAGCACAAGUCUCAUAACUUUAUGCCGAUUAACGAAGCUGUUGAAGUUUACAAGGAGCAGGUGAAAUCUUCCUUCACGUCACUCACUGAGAGAAAAUCGGCUAUUCUCAAAAUGGAGCAGCAACAGAAACAGAAGAUUUCUGAGAUUCGGGAUCAGACACGCAGUCUGGAGUCCCACAUCUCGUCCGAGUUCACUCGAAUGCGUCAAUGUCUCACCGACAAAGAACAGCGUUUAAUCAGAGAUCUCAAAAUACGGGAGAAGAUGGUUGUGGGUCAAAUGGAGAAAACUCUUCGGGAGAUUCAGAGUAAUUUGACUUCAAUUGAAGAGGAAAUCUCAAAGUUGCAUAAGCAGAUGGAGCAGACAGAUGGAGUGAUAUUUUUGAAGGAAGAAUGCUGUCAGAAGAGGAGGGUGGGAAAUAUCCAGACACUGACUAUCACGGAUGGGGCUCUUACAUUGGGAGAAUUCAAUGGGCCUUUACCUUUCCCGGUGUGGAGGGAAAUGUUCGAUGACAUUCAGCCUGUCUCUGUCACCCUGGAUGUGGAAACAGCAAAUCAGCGGCUCGAGUUAUCCGCGGAUCGGAAGAGUGUGAGACGGAUCCGGACACGGAGGGAUGUCCCUGACACCAGGAAGAGGUUUACUGCUGGAGUUAGUGUACUGGGAUCAGAGGGAUUCACGACAGGGAGAUGUUACUGGGAGGUGGAGGUGGCGGGGAAUCGGCGCUGGAGUCUGGGAGUCGCCGUAGAGUCAGUGGAGAGGAAGGAGUGGGUCGCACUGAAACCAGAAGCUGGAGUGUGGACCAUUGGGCGGAGUGGCGACAGAUUUGUUGUAAAUGGCUGCCCUGACCCCCGUUUCCCUGCUGGUCCCAUCCCCAGGAGGGUGGGAAUUUAUCUCAGUUACGAGGCUGGGACAGUUUCAUUUUACAAAGUGGAGACCAAGUCUCAUCUCCACACCUUCACUGGGAAUAAAUUCAUGGAGAAACUUUAUCCUUUCUUCUGGAUUGGGGAUGAAAAUAAGUGGCUAAUAAUCUACUCUGGUUCUGAUCCAGGCCUCCAAAGAGUGGAGUGUCGGGACUGGCGCUAAGAGGGGGGCUCAGGGGCUCUGAGGUGGAAUCCCUGCUGACAAAAUCUUGGCUCUUAAUGGGACCCUCUGCAUCCCCUAAAUCCACAUUGCAAAACGACAAUGAGCCUGGAAAUAACCAGCAGAAAUAUAUAUUUCUGAAAAGUAAAUAAACAGGGAAUUGAUAUUCCAGCUGUCACUUUACUAAUUUUAAUGAUUACCUGCAUCCGUAAACAGAAGAUAAAUACUUCUGUGAAAACAUAAAGAUGGAAAAAAUAGGCCUUACAUCGCGUCCACAGUGCAUCAGCAGCAGCUGCAGGGCAGUGGAUCUUGACUCUCUAGCUCUUUGGUCUUACUGAUGUUGAGUUUAAGGUUGUUGCUGCAACACCACACAACCAGGUGUAUGUCUCACUCCCGUACACUCUCUAAUCUCUAUCUGAGAUUCUGCCAACAAUUGUUGUACCAUCAGCAAAUUUUUAGGUGCUAGUUGAGCUAUACCUAGCCACUCUCUCCAUCAUAGGUAUUGCGAGGGUAGAGCAGUGGGCUAAGCACACAUCCCUGAUGUGCGCCGGUGUUGAUCGUCAGCGAGGAGGAGACAUUAUCACCAAUCUGCACAGACUGUGGUCUUUCAGUAAGGAAGUCGAGGAUCUAUUUGUAGGGAUGAUGGUGCUAAACACUGAGCUACAGCCGAUGAAUAGCAUCCUGACAUAGGUGAUUGUAUUGUCCAAAGAUCUAAGGCCUUGUGAAGAGCCAUUGAGGUUGCGUCUGCCGUAGACCUAUUGUGGCAAUAGGCAAAUUGCAAUGGGUCCAGGUCCUUUGCUGAGGAAGGAAAUGGUCAACCUCUCAAAACAUUUUGUACUGUAGAUGUGAGUGCUACUGGGUGAUAGAAUUAUUAUUAGUAGUUUUUGUCUUUGCACUGUUUGCGUCUUCUGCACAUUGGUUGUGAAACCCAAUGUAGAUUAGGGGACUGCUUUAUCAAACAGUUUGUUGCCACAAAAAGUGGGUUUUCUGAGUGGCUACCUGUGUUGCGGUGUAUUUAAUUUCAUAAAAAUAUUAGAUGAAUGUCUGAAAAUUUCCAAGUGAUGCUUUAACUCUUUGUGAGCUUGCAGCAUGUAACAUAUCUGUACAAGCAGCUGGAUUCUCUCUGGUCUCAGGCACCGUUGGCAUCAGGAUGUUUGUCGAUGAAUGCAUGAGUUGUUUGAAUGAAAGAAACUGUGCUGAGAACAAAAGAUCAAAUAGUUUAUCCUUCUCUGUGUGUCCUGCUAUGCUUGUGGAUUGAAGCCUAUCUAUUGAGGCACUUUUUACUCGGUGCUUCGGAUUUCUCCUAGACUGAGGGAUCACAAUCGGUGCUGAGGACAGACACAGGAUGAUUUCACAAGUCAGAAUUUGAAGUUCCCCGACAACAGCGACAAUCAAGUUCCCUGACGGCAGCAACAAUCAUGUACAGACUAAGAAUCGUGAGCCCUGAAAUCUUUGUGGAUAUAUUUGUAACUUAAUAUGUAACAUUUAGUGUGGUUUGUGCUUUGUUUUAUGAUAAUAAAUUCAGCUUAAGCUACUUCACCUGCGUGACACUGUCCUGUACAAUUCCAACAUGACUUCAGUCCAUA